AUGACGUCCCUGUCUACCCACCUCUCAGCGGGUUUGGCUUUGGCCCUCUUCGUCGGUUGCCUCCUCUAUCCGACAUACUCUGUAGGCACUCGACGACGAAAGGACCUCCCUGGGCCCACUGGUCUCCCUCUCAUAGGCAACUUGAUCCAGUUUUUCUCUGUUCGCACAGCUGUUCUUCUGUACUUGUCCUCCCUUCAGAAGCACUAUGGCGAACUGUACUCAUUCACUAUGCCCGGAUGGGGUCGCAACAUUGUUGUCAACAGACCUGAGUGGCUCGAGCAUAUUCGCAAGCACGAUGGCUCGAUCUACGGCAAGGGCGACUUAGUAUUGUCUAUUUUUGCGGAGUUUCCGGGCAGCUCUAGUGCAUUUGGUUCCGAAGGUCAAGAGUGGCGAUUGAGCCGCAAGUUGAUGAAGCCUAUAUUUGCUACGAGGACAUUCAGUUCGGACGUCUCGCAUGCUAUGCAUGAGAUCGUCCCUCUUGCCAGAGAACUUUUAUCUCAUGCAUCCAAGCAGAACAGGCUCAUCGACUUCAAUGGCGGGUCAUCUCACUUUUGCGGCCGACUCGCUUUGGUCAUGUUCUGCAAAAUGUCGCUAGACUACGACACUGAUCUGCUAACGGCCGACCCUGAAUGUCUGGCGAAGCCACACUCGAUGGUUGGGGCCGUAACUGCACUCAGCAGUAUCUCCUCUGGACGCCUGUAUAAUCCGUUUUGGAGAUUCACUGAAAAGUUCGACGGACUCGGGGAGCACUUCCGUGCGUCUCGACAGGAGUGUUACGGUGUCAUCGAUCGUAUCGUGAAACAGCGCCAAGAAGAGUUCGCGAGGGACGGAGCGGACAAGCAUCAAGAUUUUCUGGGUGCAUUACUGCGCGAGAAAACCGCACAGGAUCCCAUCACAUUACGCGACACUCUGGUCACUCUUCUGUUUGCGGGGAGAGACAAUGUUCAGAAUGUCCUAGCAUGGUCUCUUCACGAACUGUCGUGUUUCCCUGGCUGGCUGGAUCAAAUGCGAAAUGAGUCUCAUAGUGUGCAGCGGGACACGAGCCCUGUCCGCUAUGAGGAGCUGCAGAAUUAUCCUGUGCACCUUGCGGUCUUCUACGAGACGCUGCGUUUGUGGCCGGGAGUACCCAAGAAUGCACGCAUAGCUCUCAAGGACGACGUCAUCCCCGCUCUCCCGGACGGUGGGCAUGGUCCGAUUGUUGUCGACAAGGGUGACUAUAUCCUAUGGUCUGACUAUGCCAUGAUGCGCAACGAGAAGGUAUGGGGGAUCGAUGCGAACAGCUUCAAUCCGGGUCGCCACCUGGAUGCCGAAGGUCGGUUUACGAAGCCGCCCGCGCCCAAAUUUCACGCCUUUGGAUACGGGUCGCGCGUCUGUCCUGGGGGACAGCUUGCCGCCUACGAGUUCGUCUGCGUCUGGACGGGCAUUCUACGCUUCUAUGACAUCAUCCCAGAAAAGAUAGAAGAGCGUCUUCCUUCCGAUGCGCUGACAAUGAACAUGAAGGACCCGUUCUGGGUGAGGAUUGGAGUCCGCGAGUGCGGUAUGGAAGCGUAG